CGUCAAGUGAAGAUGCGGGAGGAUUAGUGUAUUCUUGGUUUGACGAGUACACAAACUACACUACGCUCGUUUCUACUGAACAAUCCGUAUCUAAACUAGAUAUUAUUAAUUGUAUUUCCCAUUUGAGCCAUACUUUUAAACAUAUCAACUGGGGAAAUUUCACCAUGGCUUUAUUCUCUAGUGAAUUUAAGAAGCUUGGAAGUAACAUGAAUACCAGUUUAUGGAAACAAGUGGAGCUUUUUGUUAGCUCACUCAGUGAAUUCAAAACAUUUGAGAAAGUUGAUUAUAAUUUCUACUUGAUUGGAAUCAUAAGCAGAAUCAAGGACAAGCUUAGUCAAAUUGAUGCACCUGAAUCCACAGAAAUUUGGAAAAAAAUUGAAGGAUUGUGUGAUGGGUUAUUCCUGAAUAUAGUCAAUAACACGCCAACCGACAAGUUUUCCUCUUUGUUCACCGAAGCAAUUGAGGAGGUAAGUGAUAGUGAUGAUAUUCCAAUUAGACCAAGCUUGAAGUUGAUUCUGGCUAUGUAUGUCCUUGCCCAGGAGUACUCUCAAAUCAGUGAGGAUAAUUCGAAUUAUAAUAUCUUCAUUACUGAUUGGAUGAGACUGAAUUUUGUUGAUAUCAAAAAUAAGUGGAUUAGAAAUAAGUUGGUAAGUGAGCUUGUUGAUGCUUACAAACUGACCAAGUCAACAAAAGAAGAGGGUAACUUAGCUGAAAACGAGGAUAAGCAGGAAGAAGAGGUACCAGAGCAAAAGGAUGCAGAAGAAGAGAAUGGAUGGGACGACGAAUUUGACAUAGCAGAAGUAGAAGAAGACAAAUCAGUAGAAGAAGAAAAGUUGGAGCAAGCACAGGAAUCAGAAGCUAAUGGUAAGUCUCCAGUGAAAAGAAGUGAAUCACUUUCAUUCCUGGUCAACUAUCUCUUCUUGCUUCAAUUCUGCAAUGACGCAAUAGACAAAUCCACCCUCAAACAGCUUGUCUCGGUUGAUGAUUCAAUAUUAGACAUUGUCAUACAAGGAGUUACAUCCUACUACAAGUCAAAUAAAAAUGUAUAUCUUCCAUUAAGUCUAUAAUCUAAUACAAAUAAAUUUUUGAGCCCUGUUUAGUCAAUGAUUUAAGAACAUCAAAAGUUUCGGGUAUGUCCCAAAUGUUUUGCUUUUUAGAAUCUAAAUAUGAAUUAUCAACAAUGAUAAUCUUGACUUCUGAAGCUUGAAGUUCGGAAUCUUCAUGGGCCAAAACUUUGGCCAAUCUUCCUGGUGUGCAACAUAAUACUCUUGAUCUUGUAGAUUUAACAAGCUUCAAAUCGACAUUAAGCUUAUUCUUGUUUAUUAAUUUGAGCGAUGAGCCCGAGAGUUCUCUGGUUGCUCUAUGUAUGUCACAUGCCCUGAUGGCUGACAUGGAAACAAUGGCAAUGAAUUUACGUUCGCUGUCUUCUUUGCCUUUCUUUGUAGGUAACAUAUUCUUGAAUCUGUUAGUUAUAAAUGCUGACAAGUUAUCCAAGUUUCUUGUUUCUUUGAAAUCAACAUUAGAUCUGAUUUCCGACUUUGCAAAAUAUAAAUCGGCCAAUUCUAAAGCUGACAAAUUUGGAUUCUUUCGGCGAAUCUUGGAGUUUAUGUAUUCAGCAAUGACUUCAGGCGAUUCCUCCACCGACAUGUUCUUCUUGGUUUCAAUAUCCAUUUCCAUCUUGAGUUUCUUGGUUUCUUUGAACUUUGUGUUUUGUUUUCUCUUCUUGUUGGCUGGUUGUUCUUUUUCUUCUUUUACCACUUCCGGUUGUUCGACUACGAAAGUUUCUUCUUCUGAAUCAGAGAGCUGUAAGUCAUACUCUAAUCCAUCGUCUAAAUCAUCUGCUGUUGGGUGUGCCAUCUUUGUCUAGAUAUCU